GCACAGGGGGUGCUGGGGCCAGGUUUUGGGUGCUGAGGCCGGGUUUUGGGUGCUAGGAGCAGGUUCAUAGGGGUGCUGUCCCCUCCCCAAGGGCCAGGGGACCUUGCAGCCAGCUCUCCAUGUGUCCCCUGUCCCCUCCCCAGGCCUCCCCCUCGCUGCCACCCUGGCGCUGCGCUGCAUGGACGGCGUCUUCCUCUCGCCCAACGAGGAUGAGUUCGUGGGGAGGAUCACGGAGGAGCUGGAGCACUUCAUGCAGGAGGGGCAGCACCACAGGGUGCUCCUCUUCCCCCCUCUGUCCAGUCGCCUCCGGUACCUCAUCCACCGCACCGUGGACAACGUGGAUUUGUUGAGCAGCUUUUCUGUGGGAGAAGGAUGGAGGAGGAGGACGGUCAUUUGUCACUCGGCCGUGAGGCUGCCCAGUGAGACCAACGACCAAAAACCCAGCAACAACCCACCCAGACCCCACCGACCUCCCCAGCCCUGGGGUCGGGGGGGCCGAGGGGGCAGGCCGCGACAUGGCGGGGAGGCGCACGGUGGUGACAACUCCCGAGCCUGCGUGGGGUCUGGAAGGAUCAAAAGGCCCCCCUGGAGGAAACCAGACAAAGCCCUCUACGUCCCCAAGGCCAUGCGCAAGAAGACGGACUGGGGGGAGCAGGAGAACCGGGUGGUGGCCAUCACUGAGUCAGGUGGGGACGUGGCACAAGGAGGAGAGAUCUGCCCUAAAGCUUCAGCCGAGGAUGCCCAGGAGGAGCUGGGUGGCUCUGAAGGUGGCCCAGGUGAUGUCUCCGUGGCCCUUGGCAAGCGAGAGGAGCCUGGAGAAGAGUGGGUUUCGGGUAAAAAUAAGGAUGGCACAAACGAUGAACGUCCUCCGUGCCCCUCGUCGGAGAACAGGAAGGAUUCCCCUGGGCAGGAAAGUCGGGAUAAAGACUGUUCAGUUUCCUUAUCUUCUGCACACAACAAAAACCCACCUGAAGCAGAAGAACAAGAUGAGAGCUGUGGUGCUCUGGCACCAGAAAGCAGUGAAACCCCGUGCCAGCUGCGAGGGGAAGACCAAACCAGCUGGGAUACUGGCAAAACCUCCUCCCUAUCGGAACGUGGCAGCAGUAACUGCUGCCCGGAGUUGAGCACGUCGGUGGUGGUGGAAAACCAAGAUAAGAGCCAUGGAAACGUGUCACCACCUCAAGAACGGGGUGAGGACUUUGUGAACGCCGGCACGGCGGAGGGAGGCCAGGGUUUCUCCCAACUGGAAAGCCAAGAUGAAGAGCAUCCCAGCGUUGUCCAGGUGGAGCAUCACCAGAACCUCCAAGAAGCCCCAAAUGAGCCUCCAGUCGUACCUGAGCCCAUCAGUGGUGCCCACCCAUCACCUCCUGAGGACCAGAGUGAGCGCUGGGUGGGUGCUCCCGGGCAGAACCCCCACGGGAAGGUGCCUGGGGAAGAAGAGGAGGAGGAGGAGAAGGAACAUUCGGGCUUGGCUGAUGCCCUGAGGCGAGAUCUUCACUUGUCCACAGGCCAUAAGGAGGAGAACAUGGCUGUCCGUGAGCAGAGCAGCCUGGAGGAGGACUGUACGGCAGAGCUCCUGGCAGAGAUUGUGGGUCAUUUAACCGUGAAGGACAUCAGCAUCGAGAAGAUCAGCGUGGAUUAUUCCAGCUACGGGGAGGCGCCGCUCAGCGAGGGGGAUUUUGGCCACGUGACUGAAAUCUAUGACUUCUCCCCAUCCCUGAAAACGGAGAACCUGAUGGAAGCCUUCGUGGAUUUCCACGAGAGCGGGUUCGAGAUCCAGUGGGUGGACGAUACCCACGCCCUGGGGAUCUUCUCCAGCCCCUCCGCAGCAUCUCAGGCCCUGGGGCGACGUUACCCUUCGUUAAAGAUCCGACCACUGAUCCACGCAACAAAGCAGUCCAAGACCAAGGCAUUUCAGCGACCAAAACUCCUUCACCUGGCCAAAGAAAGGCCCCAGACUGACACUGUGGUGGCGAAGAGGCUGGUGACCAGGGCUUUGGGGCUGAAGCACAAGCAGCAGGACCCCUCGGGCACCGAAGAGCUGCUGCCAGAAACCUUGGAGCAGGAGGAAUAAACCAUCUCAGCUGGAAAAAAAAAAAAAAAAUAAUAAUAAUCCCCACUGUAUAAAUGAGCACGGGCUGUGAAAUUAAACUGCAUGCAGAACA